AACGUCAAUUCUUAGAGUCCUUAAAGUAAAUCUCAAAGUGAUUUGCUCUGUAUAUACAAGAAAUAGUUCUGUUUUUAUUUCAUAUCUUAGUAUAAUGUGCUGGAAUCCAAAAAAAUCAAAUGGCUAACACAUUUUUUGGUUUCGAUACUCUCAACGAUCAUGAGAUCACUUAUAUCGGAGGAGAAGAUGUUGUAGAUGGCAGAGAUGGUGAAGAAUCUGAGUAUGAUGCUCUUAAUGAUGAGACGUUUGGUGGGCUGGGAGAUUCCGCUGUUGUAGAUGAUUGGGAACAGCAACAUGAACAGUUUGCUGAGAUUGCCGAGAACAAUAAACAUAUUGAUCAUUUAGAAAAUUGCAUCAGCCAAUUGGUGUGUGAUGAUUCUGAUGAAUCCAUUUCUUCAGAUGGUGAUAUCUUCAACUCUAAUAACUUAUUGCUAAGUUUAAAGCAAUCAUUGAGUAAAGAAUUGAAUUUAUAUGAUAAUAAUGGUCCCAAAAAUGAGAAGUCUGUGUGGAAACAUGAACAAUCUGGUCCUCCACCUGCCCAGCCUGGAACUAACAGUCAGGUACCUAGCAAAAUUUGUACGGUGGAAGAGCUGGAAAGAGGGCUGAUGCAACAGAAACCAAUGCAGUUUCCUCCAAAAUAUUCUGGUCCAAUGUGGCCUGUACAACCGCCUGUACAACCACCUCAACAUUAUCCACCAGGCUUAUACCCAAUAGGAAAACAGCUUCCACCGGGAUUCGGUUUAAUGAUUCGACCGAAUAUGCCGCCUCAACCUGCAAAUAUACCACCGGGAUUUAGGAUGCCUAUGCCAGCGCAGAAUAUGAUGCUACGCAGCAACUAUCUAGGGCAGUAUCUAACGCAUGCUCCGCCACCAGGAAAAAUGAUGCUCUACAACAUGAAUUAUCCAUCUGGAAUGCCGAGGAACAACAAUAAUAUUCAGCCUCCGCCGCCAAUGUUGAGGCACCAACAGCCGUCGUCGCCUCACCUGCAACAACAGCAACAUCAACGAUUACAACAUCUGCAUACGACGUUGUCACGAUCAUUUGACAAUAUUUUGAACGACAAUUCCACUAUGCAGAAAUUUAUAGAAAUGAGCAGAAUCCCUGUAAAAGAUGAAUAUGAUGGUCUUAUGACUAACAGAGAGAAGCAGUGGUUGUUAAACAUUCAGCAGAUACAACUGAAUACAGGCACUCCAUACUUUGAUGAUUAUUACUACACUGUUUUUAAAGAGCGAAAAGCCAAAAAUAACAAAGAUAACCAUCGUAACGCCGACAGACGUUUCCAGAGACAUAAUCAUAGGAAUAACCAACAGGAUAGGCAGGACAAUGCGUUAACUUCACGCGUGUAUACACCUCUGCAAUUCGAAAAUUCGUUGGGAAAGUUACAAUGUGGAUCAGUUACAGCUCCAAGAAAGAUAAUUGAUAUGGACGUAGUGACACUGGAAAAAGACUCUGAAAGUACUCCAACAAGAGAUACGCGCAAAACAAAACAAUUAUUGCUCGAGCUGGAAGGGUUAUAUAAUAUGUUGCUGAAAGCAGAGGAUUUAUUGAAUCCAGUUGCCAUUUACAAUACUGAUAAGCUAGUUCAGCAGAAGCAAAAACAGAGACUGAGAGAAUUAGAUACUGCGAGUACUCCUGAACAGAAGCAAGAGAUCUUAAAACUGCUGCAAGAGGAGAGCACCAGUAAUCCUGAAAAACCCUCCGACUAUAUAUCGAAGAUAAUGACCGCGUUCCUGCAGGAUGACAAAGUUGCUAGUUAUUUAAAUAUUAGAAAGGGGAAAAUGCUUCUAUUGAGAGUCUUGCCACAGAUACUUUCGGACAAUCGUUCCAGAACUGAGUUGGAACUGUGGACGAAGAUCCUCACUAGUUUACCAAUAGUGGGGAGAAGGGAUACCGCCGGUGAUAACAUUCUCCCAAGUUUUCAUCCCUACUUCAAACGCUAUAUACAAGCAUGCCAGAUAGCCGAUAUUUUGGAGCUCGUCUCUGGAUUGGUGGAAGUGGUUCGCCAGGAGAACAGCAGAAGCACACCUUUGAGCCAUCAGGCAAAAUCACCACUGUAUUUUAUCACUGCGAACAAGUUCGGUGUUUCCGCUCUGGUAACGAUGUUCAUACGUGCUGAAUAUCUAAUCUAUGCAAACGAGGUCUCCGACAAACAAAAGACCGAGUGGAUUAAUUUCGUCGUGAACUGGGCAGACCUUAUCGUAUCUGGCCGAGGAAACAUCGCCAGGCCAAUCGAGUUGAUCCCUCGCAAAGCGUACGAGCGCCAUACGACAAGAAUAACGACGUUAACCGACGAGAAGAAAAUGCUUUUGGAGAAACAUUACGUUGAAUUGGUUUGAAGCUUAGCAGAGAAGCAACAACACCACAGAUAUUACACAUUGAACAACACAAAAAGAAGCAGAAACAUAUUUUUCUUCAAUACUUUCGUUUGUUCUUUUUUUCGGAACUGUGGUGCUUAUUACCCCUUUCGCAUAUUUAGAUUUUACGAGUCUAAUUCU